UCGGGCCCGCCUAGCAACAGGGUUUGAUUGGAGAGAGGGAAGAAAUGGGUCCGUGCUGAAAAAUAAUAAAACCCGUGCGCACAGACUUGGGGGGGGAGAGUCUAGUGAGAGAGAGAGAGGGAAAAAAAAAACAACUUGCCGGGUGCAAAAGUAUUUUUUUGUGACCGUUUCUGCGUAGUUUGGGGCUGGGCGAGAGGAUGAGGGAGCUGCUUCCUGAUUCUCUGGAACUUUCGGCGUAGGCCGGUUGUGUUUUGAAUCGGGGCGGCGGUUGUGCGCGAGCGUUGAACGGCCCUUUGUUAAACGGCCCAGCGGUUGGCGAGGAGGGCGCCGUCCACCUUCCUCCACCUUCCUCCACCUCCCCUCACUCAACCUCACCUACCUCCCCCUCCACCUCCUCUCAUCAUGGUGAAGAUGGACUGCGAGCCCAACCGGGCGCGCCUCAUGUGCAUGCUGUGGCUGACGUUCGGCUUCUUCGUGGUGGAGGUGGUGGUGAGCCGGUUGACCAGCUCGCUGGCCAUGCUCUCCGACUCCUUCCACAUGCUGUCGGACGUGAUCGCGCUGGUGGUGGCCCUGAUCGCCGUGCGCUUCUCCGCCAAGACCCAGUCGACGGCCAAGAACACGUUCGGCUGGAUCCGGGCCGAGGUGAUGGGCGCGCUGGUCAACGCCGUCUUCCUCACGGCGCUCUGCUUCACCAUCGUGCUGGAGGCCAUCGAGCGCUUCAGCGAGCCGCAGGAGAUCCAGAACGCGGUGGUGGUGAUCGGGGUGGGGGCGGCCGGGCUGCUGGUCAACCUGCUGGGGCUCUGCAUGUUCCACGCCAGCGGAGCCGGGGGCGGCGGAGGCGACGGCGGGCCGGGGGCGGCCCACGGACACUCGCACACCCACGUCGGCGGCUCCGACAGCCGCCACUGGCUCCGCAGGAAGAAGCGAAGCGACGCCGAGAAGCUGGCGGGCAACGGCAGCAGCGUCCGCGACCAGGAGGAGAUCAACAUCCUGGUGAACAGUGGCAGCCCCAUCAACUGUGUGAACGCCGACAAGCAGGACGUGUUCAGCACCCGCAGAAGCGGCGACUCCCGCCUUGUGAACGAUCUACUGAGGGAAAAUAAUAUGCAGAGCUUGCAGAUGAAUGGGAUUUCUAUACUUGAUGACCAUCUUGAUGAAUAUGGAGAUGUCGAAGAUACUGCAUCACAGCUGAACAUGCGUGGUGUCUUUCUCCAUGUGUUAGGAGAUGCUCUGGGCUCAGUCAUCGUCGUGGUAAAUGCACUGAUAUUUUACUUUGUUUGGAACCCGUGUCCUGAAAGUGGUCCGUGCAUUAAUCUAUGCCGACAUGAUCAUUGUCCAGAUCGACAUCUAAAUGGCACACAGUCAAACAUGUCUGAAUAUCGUGAAAUCAUUCCAGAAGCUGGACCCUGCUGGGUGCUUUUCUUGGAUCCCACCUUGUGCUGUAUUAUGGUUUGUAUUUUGCUUUAUACAACCUAUCCUCUUCUGAAAGAAUCAGCUCUUAUUCUGUUGCAAACAGUCCCAAAGCAAAUAGAUGUGCAGUUAAUAAAUGAGAAGCUGCGCAACUUGGAAGGUGUCCUUGCUGUACAUGAGCUGCAUGUCUGGCAGUUGGCUGGUAGUAGAAUCAUUGCGACAGCCCACAUUAAAUGUCGUGACCCAACAGCUUAUAUGGAUGUAGCCAAACGCAUCAAAGACUUUUUCCAUGAUGAAGGCAUCCAUGCCACAACCAUCCAACCUGAAUUUGCUUCUGUGAAUUCCGAAUCUCGCAUUUCUGUUUGUGAACUGCCAUGCAAGACUCAGUGUGCCUUAAAACAAUGCUGUGGCAAUGGAGAAAAGUCAUCCAGCGAUUCAAAGUUGGAAACUCCAUCUACCCAUUCUCUUGAGGUUAUCGGGGAAUCAUCCUCUGAAUGCCCCAAUGUAAGGACUGAAAGAAAUGAGAUGGGGAACAAUGCAGUAAAAAUCAAAGACACACAAUAUGAAUCGGCUGUGUAAAUUUAGCCAAACUAAUUUUGAAACGUGAUGUACUUUACUGACUUCAAAUUUUGGGGUUGUCAACUGGAAUUGGCACUAAGCUAAAAUAACCAUGGUGGAUAAUGCAACCAUAAUGAACUUGUUCCACAGCUCUGUGAUUUGUAUAUGGCACAUUCCAAAGCAAAACUGUGGACAGUUGUCUAGAAACUACUUGAAUUUGUUAUCGCAGCUUUUUGAGAAGCAGUGUGGAUAGUGCAUCACUGACUGUGUCAGCAAAAAAAAAAUGUAUUUAAUAAGGCCUGUAGCAUUUUGGGAAAUUAGGUUUUUAUAUAAGCAGUUUUAUAUAGAUUGAUGUAAAAGUUUUGCAUCAAUUUACAAAGUCUGUCCUUGCCAAAAGAGCUGCUGCUAUAUAAAACUGGGUUUGGGGUGGGAGGGGAAGAAGGGAAGGUCAUGUUAUCGAAACUCUCCAAGUGAAACCAGAGUAUUAAACAUAAUGAUUGGUAUUAAUGCAUGGGUAAUUUGUUUUGUGUGCUGCAAAAUAUAUAGUGAUAUUUUCUCCUUGCUAGCUCCAAGAGUGCAUUUAUUGUAUUUCUUUAAAUUAUUAGACCAUGGAAAUAUUCCUGAUACAGAAUGGACUGUAAAUUCUUGCUUCAAUCCUGUUGAUUAUAGUUGAUAACUGUAAGUAAUGUUUUAAUGCUCUGAUGUAGUUGAAUCCCAUGGUACAAGUGCUUGUCUGGGAUAUUGUGCAAUUGCUUUCUUCUGGACCAGCAACAUGCAAAUAUACAUAAAUAUGUACAAAUGAGUGUGGGUUUGCUUCAAAAAUUGUCAACCAAACAUGUGGGAUAGACUUGGAGUAAGAUGAAUGUGUGCAUUGUAAACAAUUGAUGGAUUGAAACAAUGUUCUGCUCGGUGCCCCGUUUCAUUUUUGGAAUUGUUUACUAUCCGAGAUUCUGAUAGAUGGUACUUUGGACAAAAUUUGUUCUUUUGUUCCAAGCACAACACGAUGUUUAGAAUGAAUAGUCAUGUUUUCAAAGAACCAAGUCAAGCAGCUGACAUUCGGUUUCAGUUAUACAGAUAGAAUUUUUAUUAACUUAUAUCCACUGCAUCAUAAAUGAAAGCAAUGUUUUGAUGGAGUUAAUUUCUUCAUGAUAAUUCUACAGAUGAGAGUGUGACAAACAUUACUUGCCCUAAGACUUUUUAAGAAUCCAGAGGAAAAAUAACCUUUGCAAGUAUAGUGAAAGUUCCUAUAAUUGUCUUUUGGUGUUUUCAUAAGUUAUAGAAGCAGAAUUAGACCAUUUGGCCCAUCAAGUCAUUCAACAAUAAGCUAACAUUAAAAUUAAAAAAAGGUAGAUUUAAACCAAGACAUCUGUGAGUUAGCCCAAAUUUGAAAUGCAGUACAAAAACACACACAAUUUGGUUAACUUGGUUGCUCUGAAUUUUGAGAGUUACCUGUUAAAUGUUAAUUUAUAAAUUUCAACCAAUCCAACUAUUUUAAAUUGGAUCAAGUUUUGUUGCAUUUUUCUUGUUCUCAGUCUUUUUAAAAAAAAAAAGCACAUUGUGGAGGUGAUACUUUAGUGCUGGGUAACUUGAGCUUUAGUCUACCAUGAAAAUGUUUUGCUUAAUAUCCUGAAAGCUAGCUACCAUCAAGCUGCAAGGCUUGAUGCACAAAUUUCAUACUAUUACGGCUGAGGGGUAAAAUACCUUGUCCUUUGUUUGAAAUAUAAUUAUACAAGCAUUGAAAUAUGGUACUGGUAAUUUACAAGUCCAUUACUGAUCUGUGAUUUGAGACAACAAAUGAAGUGUAUUCCUUGAACACACACUUAGGUUGAAUUUUCUGCUAAUAUCUUGAAGAAAUUGGAUGGCAUUCCUAUUCAGUGCGUUUUAGUCUAGGGGCUUUGGGGGAAGGGAAAAUGGGAGAUCAGGCUUGAGUUUUGAUUUGGAUCAUUUUGAGUGCAAAUCUUUUGGAUCAUUAUAGGUUCUAAAUGAUUUUGAGUGAAGGUGGUAAUCAAUUUUUAAAAUAAUAAUCCAAGUCCUAAUUUGGAGGUACAUAGUUAACACAUUUCAUAACUGAUGUGGCAUGUAGAACUUUAAAAAAAACAACUGUAUUUGAAUCUUCAAAUGGUUUACAGAAAAAUUACUGAGAUUUUUUUGCAUUAAAUGUAUUACAAUA